CUUUAAGUAUUAUUAUAUAUUGUUUGAUUACUUUUCUGUUUAUAUAAUAAUUAUGAUAAUCAAAUUGUACAUACAAGCGUAUAUAAUUCUUUAGAUGGUUUGAUCGCUCGUCACGUGUUUGACGGCUAAACGAAUCAAUCGGCCGUGUUUUUACUAAAUGUAGUACCUGCGUGUUUGUGUGCUCAGUUGAAGCGACUUCGUGAUAUUUGACUAUUUAUACCGAAAAUUGCUACUCAAACACAUAUAAUUUAGCAGUCACGGCUUUAUUAUUGUAAAGAAAUUUCUCAUGGAAGUAGUUGUAAUAAACAUCUUUGAUGGCGCUACCAAAAAAUUUAUUUAUGACUUUUAUUUUUUAUAAUUUUAUAUUGAUCUCAUAUAAUUUACGGCAUGAUAUAGUUAAACGUAAUUUAGUAUAUCCAACGCCAUCAUUGUUACAGAUGAUUUUAGGUGUAAAUGUUCCAACAAUAUUUCGCAACAAAACAGUUUCCAUAAGUGGUGGAUACCAAAUGAAUUUUGAAGUACCCACAAAUUUAUCUUAUUACCAAACUAAUCCUUACAUUGUUACCGCAAAACGAUCAGUUGAAAAUAAUGAAAUACUGUCCAGAGAAAUUGUUUACCAGUAUUUAGAAAAUAUGUUAGAAGGCUUUGGAUUUAAUGGAAAAGAAUGUUUACUAAGAACUAUUUGUGAAUUAGCAGAAACUCCAUUCUCCAACGAUGAUCAAAAUUAUGUAUUAGAGGAUAUUUUACAUUUUAUCUUAACCCCAUCCACAGAUAAAAAUUUUAACGAAGAUAAUUCUCAUAGAGACGUCUACCAGUAUGCAGAAUACAUAGGAAACCUUGAAUUAUAA